CUGAGCGAGUUCGGGGCAGCCAAGGCUUCGAUGGCGCCCACACAUACCCCUGCAGGGGCUCGGGUGCGCCCCCGGCCCGCGACCCCGCCGCAGAUGGGAUGCGGAGGCCAGGAGGGGCACCCCGGGGGCUCCGCCGUCCCCGUCCCUCCCCUACCCGGCGAAGGAACAAAGGCGGGAGGUGGGACCCGCAGGCAGCCAGACUCCGUGGGGAGGGAUGGGGCGGGGCGGGCGACACCGCCUUCUUAAAGCCGGGCGGCUGGCGAGGUGUGCACCCCUCCGGCGCCCGCUCCUGCAGCGCGCGGGACUUCCCCUCGGGCCUGGGUCUGUGCUCCGUGUCCGCGCGGGCACAGGUCUCCUACACGCGGGGCCCGCAGCGGCGCCGCUUCCCCGCCGAGCAUGGGGCUGCCUCGGAGAGCGGGGGACCCGGCGGAGCUGCGCAAGAGCCUGAAGCCGCUGCUGGAGAAGCGCCGCCGCGCGCGCAUCAACGCAAGCCUGAGGCAGCUCAAGGGGCUCAUCCUGCCGCUGCUGGGCAGGGAGAGCUCCCACUACUCGAAGCUGGAGAAGGCGGACAUCCUGGAAAUGACCGUGCGCUUCCUGCAGGAGCUGCCUGCGUCCUCCUCCGCGGCCACAGCGCCUACGCCCUCGGACAGCUACGGUGAGGGCUACCGCGCCUGCCUGGCACGUCUGGCCCGCGUGCUGCCCGCCUGCCGCGUCCUG